CCCCCCCCACCACCUUUCCUCAACUCUGUGUGAGGUUGGAGCCAUGGCUCCUGGGGCGCACUGGGUGGUUAGACGGGUGGUGCUGCUGCUUCUGCCAGCCUUGGUGAUCUGUGAAACUCUGCCAUCCAGCUGGCUGCCAGGGAACUAUGCAAACACCACAGAAGAUGCACUGAGAUUUCUCAGUGACUACAACAGCACUGCAGAGGAGGUUCUCUUCAACAGCGUGAUUGCAAGCUGGAACUAUAACACCAACCUUACUGAGCACAACUCUAAGCUGCAGGUAGAGGCAAGCCUCAAAGAACAAGCCUUUGAUGAGGCCUGGGGAGGGAAGGCCAAAGAGAUCUUCUCUGACCAAUUCCUAGAAUCUCUCCCUAAAGAAGUAGACAAGAAGCUUAUCAAAAAGCUCAAGACGCUGGGAGCAGCCAACCUUCCACCGGCUGAACGAGAGGAGUAUAACACCAUCCUGAGCAAAAUGGAUAGUGUUUAUUCAACAGCAAAGGUGUACCCGCAGGAAAAUAUAACCUGGAGUCUGGAACCUGAACUCACAGAAAUUAUGGCUAGCUCCAGGAGUUACCAGAAGCUGCUGUUUGCCUGGGAAGGCUGGCGCAAUGCAUCGGGUGUGCCUCUGAAACAGCUUUAUCCAAGGUUUGUGGAGCUUAGCAACAAGGCCGCUAAAGCUGAUGGUUUUAAAGACACCGGUGAGUACUGGCGCUCCUGGUAUGAGACUGAAACCUUUCAGGAGGACUUAGAGCAGCUGUACAAGACGAUUGAACCUCUCUACCUCAACCUGCAUGCCUUUGUACGACGCAAGCUCUACAACUUCUAUGGUCCCAAAUAUAUUAAUCUGAAAGGACCCAUUCCUGCUCACCUGUUGGGAAAUAUGUGGGCCCAGACGUGGAAUAACCUCUACGAUAUGAUGGUCCCGUUUCCUGACGCACCUAACCUGGAUGUCACCAGUGAGAUGGUCAGACAAGGUUACAAUGCUACGCACAUGUUCCGCGUUUCUGAGGAGUUCUUCACCUCUCUGGGAUUAAAGGAGAUGCCCAGAGAGUUCUGGGAAGAGUCGAUGCUGGUUAAGCCUGAAGGCCGGGAGGUCGUGUGCCAUGCUUCUGCCUGGGAUUUCUACAAUCGCAAAGACUUCAGGAUUAAGCAGUGCACUACAGUGACCAUGGAUCAGCUCUUCACAGUACACCAUGAAAUGGGCCACAUCCAGUACUACCUGCAGUACAAGGACCAGCCUGUGGGCUACCGUCGUGGAGCCAACCCCGGUUUCCACGAGGCCAUCGGCGACGUCAUGUCCCUUUCAGUUUCAACACCUAAGCACUUACAUGAGAUCAACCUGCUGGAAACUGCGACCUCUGACCUCGAAACCGAUCUGAACUUCCUGUUAAAGACGGCUCUGGAUAAGAUAGCCUUCCUGCCUUUUGGCUACCUCAUUGACCUAUGGAGAUGGGGGGUGUUCAGUGGAAGCACACCUCCUGAAAAAUACAACUCAGAUUGGUGGUAUCUCAGAACAAAGUACCAAGGAAUUUGUCCACCUAUCAGUCGAACAGAAAAAGACUUUGAUCCCGGAGCAAAGUAUCAUAUUCCUGGAAACACACCAUACAUCAGGUACUUUGUUAGCUUUAUCCUGCAGUUCCAGUUUCACGAAAAACUCUGUGAGGCAGCCAAACACACCGGACCUCUGCACAGAUGCGACAUCUAUAAAUCUGCAGAAGCUGGAGACAUUUUACGAAAAGUUCUUGAAUUAGGUUCCUCGAGACCCUGGCCUGAGGUGCUCCAAGAGGCUAUCGGCACAGAUAAGAUGGACGCCAGCUCUCUAAUGAAAUACUUUGAGCCCAUAACCAAGUGGCUGGAAGAACAAAAUGUGGAUGAGACCCUGGGAUGGCCUGAAUUCACCUGGGUCCCACCUGUCCCUGAAGGCUACCCUGAAAAUAUUGACAAGAAUACAGACGAGCUUAAUGCAAAGCAGUUUUUAGAGGAUUAUAACAGUACAGCUGAGGAAGUGUGGUAUGCCUACACCGAGGCCUCCUGGAAGUACAACACGGACAUCAAUGAAGCCAAUAAGGAGGAUAUGCUUAAGAAGAACCUGGAGAUGUCGGCUCACACCCUUCAGUACGGCCUGAAGGCUCGACAGUACGACUUCACUGACUUCCAGGACCCCUCAGUCAAACGCAUCAUCCAACAUCUCAGUGACAUUGAAAGGGCCGCGCUGCCCUCCGCCGAGCUGGAAGAGUACAACACUCUUCUAUCUAACAUGGAGACCAAAUACAGCGUCGCUGAGGUUUGCAGAACAGAUGGAAGAUGUCAUCCUCUGGAUCCAGAUCUCCAGAAAAUCAUGGCAGAGAGCAGGGAUUAUAAUGAACUGCUGUUUGCCUGGAAAGGAUGGAGAGACUCUGCUGGAAAAGUUAUCCGUGAGGAUUAUAAGAGAUAUGUUGAACUGGCCAAUAAAGCUGCCACCCUCAAUGGUCAUUCUGAUAAUGGGGCUUACUGGCGGUCCCUGUAUGAAACUCCCACCUUUGAGGAGGACCUGGAGGCUCUGUGGAAGGAGCUGGAGCCUCUCUAUCUCAACCUACAUGCCUAUGUUCGAAGGUCUCUCUAUAAGAAGUACGGUGAAAAGUACAUCAACUUAGAGGGACCCAUUCCUGCUCAUUUGUUGGGGAACAUGUGGGCGCAGACGUGGUCUGGAAUCAUGGAUUUAGUGAUGCCGUAUCCAGACGCCACACAAGUGGAUGCCACACCAGCUAUGGUGGCACAGGGCUGGAAUGCCACCAGGAUGUUUCAGGAGUCAGACCAUUUUUUUACCUCCCUGGGUCUGCUGCCGAUGCCACAAGAGUUCUGGGAUAAAUCCAUGCUGGAAAAGCCGUCUGAUGGACGACAAGUGGUGUGCCACGCCUCUGCAUGGGAUUUCUAUAACCGCAAGGACUUCAGGAUAAAACAGUGCACUGUUGUGACUAUGGAUGACCUGAUCACUGUUCACCAUGAAAUGGGUCAUGUCCAGUACUUCCUGCAGUACAAAGACCAGCCUCUGUCAUUCCGCGAUGGCGCCAACCCCGGCUUCCACGAGGCUAUCGGAGACGUUCUAGCACUUUCAGUCUCCACGCCCAAACACCUGAAGAGCAUCGGCCUCCUAGACAAAGUUGAGAGUAACCACGAGAGCGACAUCAACUUUUUGAUGAGCAUGGCACUUGACAAAAUUGCCUUCCUGCCUUUUGGUUACCUGAUGGAUCAGUGGAGGUGGAAGGUUUUUGAUGGACGCAUCCCUCCAUCGGAGUACAAUAAAGAAUGGUGGAACCUAAGACUGAAGUAUCAGGGUCUGGUUCCCCCUGUAACCCGCACUGAAGAAGACUUUGACCCAGGUGCAAAGUUCCACAUCCCUGCAAACGUGCCAUACGUCCGCUACUUUGUAAGCUUCAUCAUCCAGUUUCAGUUCCACCAAGCUCUGUGUACCGCAGCUAAUCAUGUCGGGCCUCUGCACACAUGUGAUAUCUACCAAUCUAAAGAGGCCGGGAAGCUGCUGGGGGAUGUGAUGAAGCUUGGUUCCAGUAAGCCAUGGCCUGAAGCCAUGGCCAUGAUCACGGGUCAGUCCAAAAUGAGUGCCAAGCCUCUCAUGGAGUACUUUAAACCCCUCAUUGACUGGCUUCAGGAGGAGAACAACAAGAACAAAGAAGUCCGUGGAUGGCCAGAGUAUAACUGGAAACCUUCAGAACCUGAUGCUGAGGUCGUGGUGAAUGAUGGUAAGGUGGAGUUCCUGGGACUGAGGGUGAACCAGGGCGCUGCCAAAGCUGGCCAGUGGCUACUGCUCUCCAUCAGCCUUGUUUUCUUGCUGGUCAUCCUUCUCCUCGCCUACAGAUACAGAAAGUCAAAAAAGAGCGGAAAGUCCCUCUCCAUGAUGGAGCUAAAGAACAAGGAUUGAAUGUUGUGUUAAUUCUGGCAGAUUUAUUGUAGCUACCACAAAACCAACCUCAAUGUGAACAACUGCAUCAUGUCGGAGCACAUUUUCUAAUCAACCGUUCGGUUUUAAAUUUUUGCCUCUUUCACACUGAAUGUCAGAAAUCCCUAUUUCCUGAAAAGCAACACUUUGCAAAUCUACAUAAACCAGAACUUGUAUCAAAUGUUCCUGUUUAAAUGUAAUAUUUAGGAAACAUGUUUAAUAAAAAAAAAAA